AUGCGUGGUGGUUUUCGAAGAGGACGAUUCGAUAAAGUUCCGCAACCUGGAACAAUCGGUAGUUACACGGAAGCAUUCUACCCACCCCGUGUGUAUUAUUAUUACACUCACCCACCUACUUCCACAACCACAUCUGCAGCUACCGUUAUUGUUCCGAGCAUUGACGAUGGUGUUGGUGAUUCCCGUGGAAGAGAGGUACCAAUUCAAGGUGUUAGUUCAGCAAUGGGUAGGAGAGUUCCUCCUAUUCUUCAGGAUUUUAUUGGUUGUUUUGUUGAUGCCAAUCAGUGUGCAGCAGAUUCUCGAGCAUUUACAAUUUUAGAGUCUGGAAAAGAGCCUCUCAAUAUUUUACAUUAUCCCUAUUUGUUAAGCGCAAAUUCAGGGCGUGAAAAUGUAGAUACAAGUGGAAAGCUGCCACAAAGCAACGAGGUUGGCAAUAGGUCCCUGCGAAUCUGGGAGGAUGCAUUGGGAUUGCCGAAUGAACUGAAGUUCUACAGCUCAGUAAAUGUUUCUAGUGAGAUGACAAGUUCCACAAUGGAACGUCUUCGCAUUCGCCCUGUCAAACAAAAACGCAUUGUGAAACCAGUGCGGCGAGGAGCUAAGGUGGUUAUCCUCAAUCCAGCAGCUGGUGAGAGUAUUCAGGAAACACGAAAGACUAAGCGGAACUUGGGUGAUGAUGAUGAUGAUGUGGGUGGAGUGAAGAAGCAACCAAAGGGUGAAGAUGAUGAUCCAGAAGGAGAGGGUGAGGGAGAGUAUGACAAAGACGAUGACGAAGCAUCGAUAUCUUUUCAAGUUGAUGAUGAUGAUGAUGGUGGUGAUUUAGAUGGGCCCGAAGGCAGUGGUGGCGAGGAUGACUUUUUCUGA